AUGGCACACGGCAAGGUCACUAGAUCGUUCUUGCCCUUAGAUCGAUACCCUUCUCUCAAACUAUCGGCCUUCUACAAGAAUCUGUACUUUGGUGAUGAAGUGUUUCUGUUUGAGUCGAACUCGGAGAACUGGGCCAGAGGUUACCAGAUCGUACACCCUUUGCCUUCUGACUUCAUUGCAAAGUCUAGCGAUCUGGAGAAACUGCCUGAAAGACAGGUGAGCGUGGUGAUUGUUCCCCUGAGCCAUGUUGAAAUCAUCGACAGGCUCCCGGCAACGUCCAUAUUCUCACCACCUUCACGCUCAGACUUUGACAACGGCUCGUCGGCCAUUCCCUCUGUCUAUGACAUCCAGCAGGCCCAUACAACGGCGAGAAACGCAGACUUGGCUGAUGAGACCCCGAAUGAACGGUUGAAGCCGCCACUCCCUCUGAUGAGACUGGACAAUGGCCAUCUCAUGGAGGAAGUCAUUCCUUCUCUAUCACAGUUGGCAUCGCAUAUCUACUCGCUGUACUCUGUUGCUGAGUACCCGCUCUUUGAAAAUCUAUACGACCUGUUUAUUCAACUGAACGACAUCACGAUUCAAAUGCGUAACAACCUGUUGACGAAGAACGAGAAACUACGUACGCAGAAAAGGGUCUCUCUGCUCUUGACAAACGUCUCCAAGUUGCUGUCAUCAAAGGGUGUCAAUAGAUUUGACAAGAGUACAUACUCAAGACAGUUGAAGAGUGAUACGUCCGGAUUCGAAUCUAUUACCGCAAGAGACAUAGAAACUGGUGAAUUGUUUGACUAUUCGAAUAAAGAUUUGAAGAAGCAAUCUGAACCAAAUGUCAUUGCACUGAAUCAGAUAUCAUCUGCACUGCAACCAAACUUCCCGAUAAAGAACAACUUGGAAGGUGCACUGGUGUCGAAAAAGGUGACGAAGUUCGAUAAAGUGACUCCAUCGCAGAUCUUGGUUGAUUUCAAAGAUGUUAGUGGCACAUCAGUGUUGAACCCACAGGGGUUUAUGGGAAUGACGGCCUAUCUAUACCUUAGAAGUGCCAAAAAGAGGCUUACAGAGGCAUUUUCUAUACAUAUCAAGAACGCAGCAGACUUCUCUCUUGAUAAGAUCUCAGCAGCUCUGUUCAGAAACAUUCCUGGAACCGAGAUUGACCAUGGAAGAAUCUAUCUCGUGGCAACUAUAACUGAGGAAUUAGAAGUUCCAACUAAAGGGAAUGGUGAACAGCCUGUGAAAAUAAAGAAUCCCAUUGCUGCUGGUGCUGCUGAUAUCUCAAGAAUAUUCUCAAGACAUAAAGGUGCAUUGGAAUCAGGACAAGCCCACCAGUUUACCAUCAAAUUGUUUGGUUCGUACGUUAAUAAGAAUGACAACACGACGUUGGACCCAACAAAUAUGAACUUUGGUUGGGGUGAUUUGGUUGACAGAAUCAUUGCGGGCUCCAAUAAAGGUGUUGCUGUUAAUCCGAGAGCUGAGAAAGUGGUGGUUUCCAUUAAAGAAUAUCGGGACGACCUGUCAAACGUGGCACAUGACUUUGAUGCCAACAUUAAAACCCCGAUAUAUCAGAUACGAACUUGUUUCUUCGAUCCACUGGUGAAAGCGUAUGAUAGAAUAUAUCUGACAUUGGGAAAGGUGAACCUCUUAAAGAACUCUGAGUUCCCUGGUGAUCUUCUUUCUCUCACCAUGAUUAACAAUGAUCCAGAAUCGAGAUUGGCACUUUCCAAGGCUACGGAUCAACUUCCAGUGCACGCAUGGGACUUUCCGUCGGUCCAUUCCAACGAAGUUAUCGGUGAGACCAUCAAGAUCAGCAAUAUCGAACGUAUUGGUCAAAACCAGACUUUGAAGCUGAAACUAUACGCCAAUUUUGAACUGAGAGGUACUGCUGAUAUUCAAAUUGCUCAAAACGGUAAGAUCUUUGAGUACAACAAGAACCAAAUAGUUAACAUUAUGAACGGUCAGAAUCUGGUUGGCUCGAUUGAAGUUACUUCCCACUACGUUGGUAAAACGUACAACAUUGAACCAGCUUUCCAACGUAUACUUGGAUGGUCCAGAAUAUACACUCUACCUGAUCAGGAAGAUAAGCUCAUUGAAACCUUGAAAAUGCUGAAUCAAACCCCUGUGCAACAAGCAAUAAAGUAUUUCAAGGAACUCUGUGUUGAAGUGUUGAGGAUUUUCCACGCUGCAACUGUGAAUAAUCUGGAUAACCUAAAAUUGUCAUCUUUUUACUCAUUUAUUCAUUUGUUGGAUUUAGUGGUGGUAAGACAAGAGCAAUACACCUACAUGUAUCAUCAAUUGGUUGAUCUUGUGACUGAGAAAAAGGUUCUUCCACGGUGUGGUAUAGCUCUGUUAUCGAUUUCUGCUAGAUACUUUGGAAAAGCUGGUACAGAAUGGAACUAUGUUAGUAGAACGCUAUGCCGUGUUCUUCCUUUAUUGGUCAAGAUAUCAUUACUAUCGUCUACAGACAAUGAUACGUCUUGUGAUGGCACAGCUUUGGCUUGGAAAGGUUUAUCUCAAAGCAUUAUUCCUUUCCUACAAAUAACGAAGGAAUCCAUGAUUCCUGACCAACUAAAUGUUCUGGAUUACCUCGACAUAACUCUGAACCACUUGAAGGGUCUUCUCACGGAUGAUGAAGUGUUGGAGUAUGCAAUUGCACUGAUAGGUUCUGUUGGAACGAGAGGACUGGUGAAUGAAGAUUCGAACUCACUGAUUUCCAAAGAGAAGCAGAUCUACAUCAGCAAAUUGUUUUUGAUUCGCCGUUUUCUGGAUGCUGGUGUGUUUUCUGAUAUCACAUCUAAUGAGUGGACGGAAAGGUUCUUUUAUCAUGCUGCACUAUGGUCGAUUGAAAGUUACGCAAGUCCUAAUGUUGACGUUGAGAUCUACAGAUUGGCAAAUUCCUGUUUGAUAAGUCUUUGCUCUAUCUCGUGGAGAAUCAUCUUGAAAGAAGAGAAGCAAAGCUACUCACUGCCUAGAUCCAUGGCAAGAUUAUCUUUGGUCAUUGCUCAACAGUUUGUCAAGGCUCACAAUUACUGCAGAACCAAUGGGUUGUUUGAGCCUAAGAGAACAUACACGAAUAUAUUCCCAAAUGCAUUUCCAUUUCCGGAACUUAUCACAGACUCAACUGUCAGUGAAGUUGUCCUUGUGGAAGUGUUAGUUGAGCUCGGAAUCAUAUAUUCUUUCAUGGUCAAAAUUGGGAAACACGUUACUAGUGGUCAAGGCUAUUCUGCGAUUCUAACUGCAGCACUCAAUGAUCACAUCUUCAAUGAAUCUGAAUAUUUUGUCAAGUCAUUCUCGAAAGACGAUCUGCUGACUCUUGUUCAAACCAACAGAAUUCUGAUCCAAUCCAGUUUCUUCCCAUCCAACAAAUGGAUAUCUCUAUAUGCCGUCUUCAUCGAGGGGGCGACGACGUCAUCUGAGCUCAUCAAAUUCAUAAUGAUAUGUGACCACAUUCCUUCUGCACAGGAUUCGGAUCAAUUUGAUAGAUCCUUAUGGAGCAAAUACAUCAAAUCACUUCUUACGACAUCGGCCUCGUUUCCUGCUUCUAUUUGUCAUUUGGCUGAAGUUCCGAGAAAGGCUGCAUGGAAGAUCACGCAAGAUAUAAGAUCUCGAUGUGCAUCCGUGCUUAACCAAUGUUGGGAUUGUCUUGGGUGGGACUCAUUGCAGAGGGACUAUGUGAGAUUUGGACUAAAGAGAACAGCUGGCUACCAGGCAGAGUUCAUUCAAAAUGAUUAUGGUAUAUUGGAUGAGCUUGUGGUUUUCUGUUUACAACGAAACUCAUUUUGUCAAAUUGUGGGAGUGAAAGUGUUAUGGAGCAUUAUGAUCUCUGAAUUGCUCGUGCAAGAAAGUUGUGAAGAUCCACCGGCUAACAAAUUGAUUGAUGUUGAAAGAGGUUGCCUAAUGGGCCUUGAUAAGUUUUUCAAUUCUGAGAAAUACGUUCCUGGUCUAUAUGAACAGAGAAACUUCAUCGCUAGGCUGAAGAUGGCUGUUAAGCUCGACCCUGAAGACGAGUCCUUUAAUGAUGUCUACAGUUUUAUCCAGAACUUGAGUGAAUUCUUGGAGAUUUACAACGAUUUGAAUUCUGUUCCAAAUGGUGAAGAAUACGAUGAUGAAAGAACAUUCCAUAACCUUGACAUUUCACGCCACCUGAUGCGUGUUAGCAAUGGCAAGAAGUUCAUUUCAGCUCUCGAUGAUAUGUACGAGAGCAAUAUUCAAAAGAACAAUUUUGUACAAGCUGCACUAUGUCUUGAAUUGAUGGCUUCAACUUUUGAAUGGAACCCACAUCAGAUGUUACCUUCUUCAUUCAAACCAAAAUUGCCAGCACAAACUGCAUUUGAAAGAAAAGAACUGUUAUACAAGCGGAUAGCUGAGAAUCUGAUAAAGGGCAAUAAAUUGGAAAAGGCUGUUUUAACUUACAAAGAACUUGCUGAUGCGUAUGAUAAGGUGAACUUUGAUUUGAAAGGUUUGAACUUUGUGCAUACUCAAUUGGCAAGUUUAUUUACUGGACUUGAGGCCCUUGACAGAGCAACCCCUACGUAUUUUGCAGUGUCAUUCUUGGGAUUAGGGUUCCCAAAGACUGUGAGAUCCAGAAGCUUUAUAUACGAAGGUUUACCCUUUGAACAGAUCAGCUCCAUUCAUAACCGUUUGUUGAGACUGCAUUCUGGCUCAAAAAUUGUUGGUGAUAAGGAUGUUGAAGCUCUUAUGAAGCACCCACCUCCAGGCAAGUUCUUGAACAUUGCUACUGUGAAACCUCAGCUGGAUUUCAACUCCCACCAUGGCAAAUUGAGCAGUGCUGCUCGCCUGUACAUGCAAAACAAGGAUUUGAAGUUCUUCACCACUUCGAGAAUGAUACAAAAGUCAACAUCUGUGUUGGAUCUGUGGGUUGAAGAGAUCAUAUAUGAAACAUAUGACGUCUUCCCAACGUUGAUGAACAGAAGUGAGAUUUAUCGAGUUCACACUACAAAGCUUUCUCCUAUCCUGAACGCUUUAAGAACAUUAACGACAAAGACACAAGACCUUGUCAAUUCUGAAGCUGCUGCGUCUAAGGCAAUAAGUACUGGUGAAAGUAGAUCAUCCAUCUUCAACGAACUCUCCAGAAAUCUUAGUGGUACCGUCGAUUCCCCUGUCAAUGGAGGUAUAGGCCAGUACAGGGAGUUCUUUAACCAACCAGUUGAUCCUGAGGAUGAGGAUGCCAUCAAUGAGAUCUCCCUAUUGAGAAGUGCCUUUGAGAAUUUGACGAUAACCAUACACAGAUCGUUGAUUGUGCAUGGCCACUUGGUUCCAGAUAAACUGAGAGAAUCACAUGCCUUGUUGAUUUCUAUGUUUGAGAAGAACUUUGCCAAAGAGAUUGCAAGCACUGGACUGAAGAUCUCCGAGUUGGAGAACGCUUUGCCUCCACCACAGAUGACAAAGACCCACUCGAUGGCAUCUACGAUAGAAACCACAAUCAGCAGUUCCAAUUCGACAGAUUCCCUACCACAACGGUCCACAAUGCUCGGUAACGGUAACAACACGGCAUCGUCGUCAAGGGUAAGUUCCAUCAGCCAUGGCUUAUCAAGAGUCAGUACCAAGUCGUCUGACAACGCCACAACGUCAACACAAACAACACAAUCCAAUAGCACAAGCAGCAGUGGUGGACGUCGCAAGUUCAGCUUACAAUGGAGACAGUCAAGACAGUGA